AUGGAGGAUGAUUGUGAAGUCGGACUACCUCAGAAGGGGAUCAAUCAAAUCAUCAAGGAAGUUGUGCCAGAGAUGAGAAUUGCAAAUGAAUCGCGAGAUCUUGUAAACGCGUGUUGUGUGGAAUUUGUCAAGCACGUUGCUCGCGAAGCUCAAAACAUAGCGAGCAAAGAUCAACGGAAGACAAUCUAUCACGAGCACGUGCAAAAAGCCUUGCAGAAUUUAGGAUUCCCACCAGACUAUCUCGAAGCUGCCGAUAGUGUUCUUGAUGCUUGUAAAGUAGAAGCUGAGAAGAAACUAAGGCGAAAGAACUCGCGUUUGGAAAAGUGUGGAAUUCCAGAAGAACAAUUGUAUAAAAUGCAGCAAGAGCUUAUUCAAAAAGCUCGUCAGCAGGAACUCGAACAAGCACAAUUGCAAGCCAAUUUUGUUUCUCCAAAUACAGGCCUCUUCGCUGCGCCUGCAGAAACAUCUAAAGAUGAUGAAUACGAUGUUUAA